AUGGCGGACAAGAAAAAACCGACGGCUGGUGGAGGCAAGUACGUGGAGCUUACCACGCUAAGCUAUAGCGGCCCUGUGCCGCGACCCCACCCGCCCUGCAUGGACCCCACGCCGGACGAGCAGUACCGCCAGUUCGUGGAGCAGAAAAAAAUGGAACAGGGGGAGCGUAAGCACGUCAGCUCGGGGGCUAAGCCGAGUGCCCCCGCCGACCCCUCCAACACUUCCGGUUUGUUUUCUUCCGCCACGACGAGCCUUCUAAGCAUGGCUCAGAAGGUUGCGCGCAAGGUGGAGCGUGCGGGGACGGAGGUAACAUCUGCAACCGAGAACGCCGUACGGCAGAUGGAGCGGCAGCUGAACGUGGAACGCUUCAAGAGCAACUUUCCGGAGCUUAGCGCGAUGGGGGAGAUACUGCUGGCGGACUACGACUGCUCCGCGAUGCACGCCGGGCUGCGCGUGAAGGGGCACAUGCAAAUCACCAAGAACUACCUUUGCUUCAGCGCGCAAACAACGUCAAUGCUUGUCCAGGCGACUAAUGCCAUGCUAAAGGAGAGCGGCCUUUGGUCUAACGGCAGUCCUUUGGAGGGCAUUCGCCAAGUUAUUCCACUCACUGAAAUCGCCUGCAUUUCACUUUCCGUUGUGCUUGAGACGGUGGACCACCGCACUCCGUUCUUUCUGCCUAUUCCCGCCUCGAACGUGCUGCCGUCAUGUCUGCAGAUAUACACAACCAAGCAGCAACUGUUUCAAUUUCUUGCCUUCGAGAGCAUUGCGGCCGCAGCCGGAGCUGUCUUAUCUGAUGCCGUAAAGGGCCGCACCAUUGACCGCGCCUACAACUACUUGGACCAUGCGUGGCGUGCCGCUACGGCUGUGCCGCUUCCUGGCGUGAACUAUGUCAGUUGA